UAUCCUAAAAUGAAACUAAAAGCGCGAGUCGGGGGAAAUCCGGUAGAGUCCGAUACGCAUUAAUAUUUUUUUUUUAGAUUGCACUGCCGUGUGCUAUUGCAUUUUUUUGUUCUUAAAAACUUUUAAAAAACAUUACUGAAAGAAGCAUGACCGAUAAUGCGAUGAUUUAUGAGAUCUUACUUAUCACAUUGACGUCAGCCUUCAUACGUGCGUCGACUGAUAAUUGUCCCGUGAUGGAGUGCUGGUUUGUCCAAGAGAAGCCGGGGAGAGGGGGCUUCUCUGCACCAGUAACACAGGAGAAGUCUCUCAUGUACAUCAGAACGAACUCCGAUGAUGCCAGCAUUACGCAGUCAAGCCCCCCUGCAGACAUAGACCCAUCGAGGGUUUACUAUGUCACUGACCCUGCUGCUUCUUUCUGCCGUGUUCCCCUCCACCCACCAGAGGGCUCUGUGCAAAAGCCACAGUGUGAAAUUAACCCAUUCUUGCCUCAGCCAUCCAUGGUCCGCUGGGCUGCUUCGCUUACUGAAUCCGGCCAAAGCCCCAUUCACCUGCAAGCUGAUUGGUUCUCAGUGGCUGCACAAGGGUUGGAUGGGCAAUUGGUAAUGUCCUCCAUCAUGCGUGCACCCUCUGGAUCCAAAGAACCUCAAGUCAUCCUCAGCAUCAGCAGUAGAACUGCAGCUGUUCGCUCUCGUCUGGGUGAGCAGGUGAUGCUGGACUGCGGCUUCUGGGUGGACCCCUCCUCUCCGCUCACUGGCUCGGGCUUCUCUGUGGAGUGGCGCUACCAGUUCCGUGGCGAAGGCCGCCUGGUCCUGGCCUACGAUGGCAAGAACGACUGGCUGGCUGACACCACCGAGACGGGCACAGCGCUGGACUUCAGUGCCCUGCACGAGACGGGAAAUGCAUCACUGAUCCUGGAGGAGGCACAAGUGCGCCACUCGGGCACCUACAUCUGCACUGUUUACCUGCCAAACCUGCUGGCACAGGUAGCACUUGACCUGGAGGUCGUAGAGCCCCCUUCCCUCUCCAUCUUUCCCUCCCCACUUCCUCUCAUCGUGCCGGUUUCCGUGCAGUGCGAGGCCUCAGGCUUCGUCCCCCUCUCCCUGGAGCUGGGCUGGGAGUUUGUUGGGGCUGACGGGCAGUCACGCUCUCUGGGCCAGGGCAGUAUGUCUGGCCACAAGCAGGCCUCGGACGGCACAUACAGCCAGAGCAGUCGUCUGGAGCUGGACUCAGCCAGGCUGGGACUGGGCCGCGGUGGGGAGGUGACCUGUGUGGCCAGACACUCAGGGGGCACCAGGAAGGCCAAAGUGACCCUCAAUGUUAUUGGUGUCAGUGCUCCUUCCAUUGAGGACUCCAUGGCGAUGGUCGCUGUAGCCUUGGGCCUUUAUGGUCUGAUAAAGCUGUUUAGUUGGACGUUCAGCUCUACAGGUUCAAGCAAUGGAGAUACCAAAGAUAAGAAGGAGAAGUGACCUUGAAACAAGCUGGCAGUUAUGCAACAACAUAAAAUGGCUAAUCUGACUGAUGCUUUCUUGCUCGACAUUUUUUUAUUCAGCCUUACGGUACCAAUUGUUUGGGUUGCUGACAAGAUGAAAAACAAAGUUAUAAAGGAUUUCAAUCUGUGAAGGUAUGAAAGAGUAAGACAACAUUGAAUAUGCAGGCAAAUGCACUUGAAAUAAAACUGAAGAUAUACAGAAUGUUUGUGACUAUUUGGAAAUGCAGUCUCUUUACAACCUCCCUUGAAAUUCCACUGUUAUGGUGUCAAAUUCAUUGUUGUCCAAGACAGUGUAUUGUACUGCUAGUGAUGUGACACUGUUAAAGUAAACUAGUAAAUAACUUUGACAAGGGGACUGUACAUAUUUUGAUUGCUUUUAUGUUUCUAUGGUGGUGUGUGUAUGGGGAUUAGCAGACAGAAAGGCAUUGGUCAGAUUGUAAAUAGUUUGUGUUUGCUUGAUUGAAAUAAAGUUAAGUUGUCAA